AUGUCCACUGAUGAGCUCGGCCACCUUGAGAUCGGCAUUCAAGAGGUAAUGAGCGAACAGCUUGCCAUCAUUCUCAUCUUCAACCGGCGCCGCCCUCAGCUCGAUGUCGCCGAAUCUCUCGCUAUGGCAGACGAGUCCAUCUCCCUCGUCUCCAUGAUGGGUAUGCGAGUAGUCGGUGAAAUCGAGGCCUGGCGCCGCUGCGAAGACGUCCUAGGGCUCAUCAUCGCGGCCCGGUGGGACAACGCUGACCUUGUCGGUCAGUGA